GUUAUUCAUCUCAUCUACUCCACUCCAUCCUAUGAGCUGUAAGCCUCUGACCAUUCGUCAUUCCAUUAAUUAAAACAACUUCUCUCUCUCUUAACCCCAUACUCCACUGUCUUCUUCCUCUCCACCAUGUUCCCUCUCCACCACAAAAAUCUUCACAUUCCUCACUCCUCAAUCAUCUAACUCUCACACAUAAACCAUGUCCAGCAAAUGGAGAAAAGUCAAACUAGCUUUCGGAUUCAAUUCCUGUAUUCACAUUCCUAAACAAUUACAUGAUUCCUCCCCAUCUCUCAACACCGCCGCAAGAUUCUCCGGUGCCAUCCCAUCCUCCGGUGACACCUCCGCCUCUAGUCUACCUAUUCAAUCACCUUCCUCCUCUGCUCACCGAUCACUCAAAUCCCCCAAGGGAAAUUGUGCAAUAUGCCUGAACUCGUUGAAACCAGGGAAUGGCCAGGCCAUUUUUACUGCAGAAUGCACUCACUCUUUCCAUUUCCACUGUAUCACUUCCAAUGUAAAACACGGGAACCAAAUUUGCCCUGUUUGUCGAGCAAAGUGGAAAGAGGUUCCUUUUCAGAGCCCGGAUUUACAUCCUCGAAGCAGUCAAUUAACAAGAGAUAAUGGGUGGCCGGCUGCCGUAAGGAGGCUUCCUUCUCCGACUCAAGUAAAUGCAGGCGGACAGAUUUCGUCGCUUUAUCAUGUUUCCGAACCGGCUAUAUUUGAUGACGAUGAAACUAUUGAUCAACACACUUCAAUUCCUUGCAACAAUAAUAGUAACGAGACUGAUCGUAACAAUAUAAUGAAUAAAGUUGAGAUCAGAACAUAUCCUGAGGUUUCAUCUGUUCCAAAAUCAGCCUCUCGUGAUGGAUUUGCAGUGUUAAUUCAUCUGAAAGCUCCUCAGUCGGAGAGUAAACUAAAUAUUUCUGGAAACAAUACAGAUUCAUCACCACCUCCGGUUGAAAAUUCUCGCGCUUCGGUUGACCUUGUUACGGUCCUUGAUGUAAGUGGCAGCAUGUUAGGUACUAAGCUUGCAUUGCUAAAACGAGCUAUGGGUUUUGUCAUUCAGAAUAUGGGUCCCUCAGACCGGCUGUCUGUCAUCGCCUUCUCCUCCACAGCGCGCCGCAUCUUUCCUCUUCGGAGGAUGACUGAUAUCGGACGGCAAGAGGCAUUACAAGCUGUUAAUUCUUUGGUUUCAAACGGCGGAACUAACAUUGCCGAAGGCUUGAGGAAAGGUGCCAAAGUGUUUUCCGAUCGUCGGUGGAAGAAUCCAGUUUGUAGCAUCAUAUUACUCUCGGAUGGACAAGAUACAUACACAGUUAAUAGCAGACCAGGUGUCGGAGCAGAUUACCAGUCACUUGUCCCUAACACCAUUCACCGUAAUAAUAACAGUCUGGGCUUGCAGAUACCUGUGCAUGCAUUCGGCUUCGGUGCUGACCACGACGCUACUUCAAUGCAUUCAAUCUCCGAAAUAUCAGGAGGUACAUUUUCUUUUAUUGAAGCUGAGGAAGUAAUUCAGGACGCGUUUGCGCAGUGUAUCGGUGGACUGUUGAGUGUAGUAGUGCAGGAGGUAAAAUUAGAUAUAAGGUGUGUUCAUCCUCGGGUGCAACUUAGUUCAGUAAAAGCAGGAAGUUAUCGAACAAGUUUGACGACCGAUGGAAGAAUGGCUUCGAUUAAUGUCGGAGAUUUGUAUGCCGAAGAAGAGAGGGACUUUUUGGUGACAGUCAAUGUUCCAAUUGAUAGUUCCAAUGAUGAGAUGUCAUUGUUGAAUGUUAAAGGUUUUUACAGAGACCCUAUAACAAAGGAAAUGGCAGCAUUGGAAGAAACUAGUGAAGUAAAAAUCGAGAGACCAAACAUAAGUAAAGAACUAGUCGUGUCAAUUGAAGUAGACAGACAGCGGAACAGGCUUCAAGCAGCCGAGGCAAUGUCCGAGGCAAGAAUCGCAGCUGAACGCGGCCAACUAUCUUCUGCAGUUUCCGUCCUAGAUACCUGUCAUAAGACAUUGUCCGAAUCUGUUUCAGCUAUAUCGGGUGAUCGGUUAUGCGUUUCACUUGCCGCAGAACUUAAAGAAAUGCAGGAGAGAAUGGCAAACCAACAUAUCUACGAGCAAUCCGGAAGAGCUUACGUUUUAUCAGGAUUGAGCUCACAUUCAGCGCAAAGAGCAACAGCGCGAGGCGAUUCAACCGACAGCACAACUCUUCUGCAAUCGUAUCAAACUCCUUCGAUGGUUGAUAUGGUGACACGUUCACAGACUAUGGUGUUUGGUGCUCCACUGAGGCGAAUCCUUCAACCUGCUAAAUCAUUUCCUGAGAGGCACAAAAGCCGAUGAUAAUAGCAAUGGAAUUCGAAAAUUCUGCUUAGCAUAUACAUAAACUUGUGGGAAGGAAGACCCUUUAAGAUUAUUGUUAUUUUAUUUUUUAAUUUUGGUUAAGGUGAGGGGGGGUAUAAUUAACAGGAAAGAGAUUUUGGGGGGAUAUAUAAAAAAAUUCCUGAUUUUUGCCAAGUAUAAAGUGUAAAUGCAUAGGUGGGAUAAUUGGGUUAUGCAGAUAAUGGCGAAAAGGGACAAGUGUGAUUGAGUGAUGUGUAUAUAAUUUAAUGUUUUCAGUUGAAUUGCAUUGCAUUGCACACUGGUGAGUUUUUUCACUUGAUUAUUAUAUGCAUAUUGAUAUGAUAUAA